GGAUUUGGUUCGUGGCCCCUCAAUUUUGCCAAUUUUGAUUCCUUUAGAGUUACAAAAUUUCAGAAUAAACAUGAUGAAUGCCAUCCGAAACCUUAUCAAUGCCCUGCUUUCUCCACCAAAUUUGGCUCAUAUGGUCACCAUACAAAAUACUGAGUCUCAUGAAAAGGAGUCAAAGGAUGACUCAAGCGUCGAAUCAUAUGUUGGGGAUAACAUGAACAGUGAGCCUGAACUCAUAAAUGCAGAUGACGAGGGGCCCGGAGAUAACAUGGAGAGUGGGCCUGAACUCUUAAAUGUAGAUGACGAGGGGUCCAACAUCAUGGGGAAAAAGAAAGAGUUUGCACUUUUAGAAGGUGUGGACAAGGUGACAGAUGAAGAUUGUAUCCACGCCGAUAACCCAAUUUUGUUGGACACCAUCGCGUUGUUCAACAUUGUUGGUAUUGUCAAGUCUGAGCACUUGGGUUCAAAGAAAAUAGUUCAAUACAAGUUUGGCCAUCCAUCUUCUUUCUACCACUAUACUUCAUCUGCGAAGCUUCUUGAAGAUUGGUCUACAACUGGACAUCUUUUUUGGUUCCGCACGUUCUCACAUGUCCAAAAGCUUGAGUGGGAACCCCCACCUUGAGGACAAGCACUUAAUGGUUCAGACUGUUUGUUUCAGCCUCUUAAUGGUUCAGAUGUCUGAAUGGUUAAGAGAUUUGCUUCUGAAUGGUUAAGUAUUAUACAGAGUCUGAAUGGUUAAGACCUCUUAUCUGAAUUGAUCAGACAUUUGCCUUUGAAUAGUUAAGCAAUAUAAUAGCUCUUAAUGG